UGGCGCGGCCGUGCGGUCGGUCACCGUCGCCUCCCGCCUUUCCCGCUGGAGGAGCCGCCGCCGCCGCCGGGGAGGCCAUGGCUUCCGCCCUGGAGCAGUUCGUCAACAGCGUCCGGCAGCUCUCCGCUCAAGGGCAGAUGACCCAGCUGUGCGAAUUGAUCAACAAAAGCGGGGAGCUGCUAGCGAAAAACCUGUCCCACCUGGAUACCGUGCUUGGUGCUCUGGAUGUUCAAGAACACUCCCUGGGGGUCCUUGCCGUUCUGUUCGUGAAGUUUUCUAUGCCCAGCGUCCCUGACUUUGAAACGUUAUUCUCACAGGUUCAGCUUUUUAUCAGCACUUGUAAUGGGGAACACAUCAGAUAUGCAACAGACACCUUUGCUGGCCUUUGUCACCAGUUAACAAACGCUCUUGUGGAAAGAAAACAGCCCCUGCGAGGAAUUGGCAUUCUCAGACAAGCCAUAGACAAGAUGCAGAUGAACACAAACCAGCUGACCUCAAUACAUGCAGAUCUCUGCCAGCUCUGUUUGCUGGCCAAAUGCUUUAAGCCUGCUCUCCCAUAUCUGGAUGUGGAUAUGAUGGACAUCUGUAAGGAAAACGGGGCCUAUGAUGCAAAGCACUUUUUAUGUUAUUACUACUAUGGUGGGAUGAUCUACACUGGGCUAAAGAACUUUGAAAGAGCACUCUACUUUUAUGAGCAGGCUAUUACGACUCCGGCCAUGGCAGUCAGUCAUAUUAUGUUGGAAUCAUAUAAAAAAUAUAUUCUAGUUUCUUUGAUAUUACUCGGCAAAGUUCAACAGCUACCGAAGUACACUUCACAAAUUGUGGGUAGAUUUAUUAAGCCUCUUAGCAAUGCUUACCAUGAAUUAGCACAAGUUUAUUCAACUAAUAACCCUUCAGAACUCCGAAAUCUGGUGAACAAACAUAAUGAAACAUUCACCAGAGAUAAUAAUAUGGGUCUGGUUAAGCAGUGUUUGUCAUCUCUGUAUAAAAAGAAUAUCCAAAGGCUAACAAAGACUUUUUUAACCCUGUCAUUACAAGAUAUGGCGAGUCGUGUGCAGUUAUCAGGACCUCAGGAGGCAGAAAAAUACGUCCUUCACAUGAUAGAAGAUGGUGAAAUCUUUGCCAGUAUUAAUCAGAAGGAUGGUAUGGUCAGUUUCCAUGAUAACCCUGAAAAAUAUAACAACCCGGCUAUGCUUCAUAACAUUGAUCAGGAGAUGCUGAAAUGUAUAGAGCUUGAUGAGCGGCUGAAAGCCAUGGAUCAAGAAAUCACAGUGAAUCCUCAGUUUGUGCAGAAGAGUAUGGGGUCACAAGAAGAUGAUUCAGGAAGCAAACCAUCCAGUUAUUCUUGAAACUAACAUUAUUGGUUAUUUUGUGCUUUAAAACAAAAGCUAAAAAGAACCACCGCUUUCUGGAUUGGCCACUGGAAAGUUUUAGGAAAGCAGAGAGGACUGUGACUUGUUUCACCCGGACAUUAAGAAAUUAAAAUUUUGUUUUGUCAUCAUCAGGCCCAUAAGCUUUCAAAACUAUUCCCUCUGCAGAGAAAGGAAAAAAAAAAAUCUAAAAUUUUAAA